AUGAGAUCACAAAGUCCAUAGAUAACAUAAGAACCAUACAGUAGAAGUGUAGACAUACUAUUGAUACAAAUGUUCUGUUAAUUUUUUCACACCUAUUAGAGAUAGACAUAUUUCUUAACCAUCCACAGCGAAACAUAAUACUUAAAACAAGGACUUAUACAACAAUUUCAACAAAGAUUAUUGGAGAAACAAAAGUUGAUUGGAACUUCUGGUAAUUAUUAUCAGGGUUAUGGGAAAUUAAAAAAGGAAACUUUUUACAGUAAUGUAUUGUUUAAAAGUGGAUAUGAAUAAUAAGAAGAGAUUAAAAGAUUGAACAAAGAGAAUGAAAGUUUGAAGGAGAUUAUAAAAAAAUAAGAGGAGAAGUUAUAGCAAUACUUGGAGAUGGGUGAUAUUUUGGAAAGGAACCAAUAGCUUUAAGAGUAGGUAGAAAGAUCAGAACAAGCAAUAUAGUAAGGAAAUCAAAAAGAAAAUAGCUAGAAAUUAGAAAAUGAAUGA